ACACAGCAGCACAACACUCACAGACAAUCAAAGUAGUCUCAUACAGUACACACAUAUUCCUAUUCUUCAGUACUUUGUCAUUUGAAAGAUACCCACAUUAGCCAUAAUGCGUUACAACAUCAUCGCCAUUGCUUUUGCCCUCUCCGCCGUUGGCCUCGCCGACAAACUCGAAUUCGAGGAUGUCCCACGCAAUUGUAUCGACAUUUGCACACCCGUCGUCACUCUAACAACCGGAUGUGACGACAGAGGUCCAAACGACGACGACUUCGCUGAACUCCAAUGCAUCUGCAACGCCCAAAACGCAAACACCCAGAUCCCCAACUGCGCUGACUGCAUCUGGCGAAACGGCGGCAAAUUCGACAAUGACGCUCAAGAUCUUGUCCGUGACUGUGGCUUCACUGCAGUCAGCGGCGCGCCCGCAGGUCCUACACCAACUGGACCAAGGCCUGGAGGUCCCAGCUCAGGCACCACCCCAACAAACCCACCAUCGAACAACAACCCCGGUGGUAACAAUUCCAACGGCAACAACAAUAACGUCGGCACUGGCACUGGCACUCAAGGCACUGGUACUCAAGAUGAUGUCCAAGGCAAUGCCCAGCCCGUUGGUAAUUCCGCCAACUCGCCCACAGUCGCCUUAGCCGCGGCCUUUGCCGGUCUUGUUGGCUUUGCCGGUCUCUAUUUGUGAUUGGGGGGGUCCAGAUAAUCAUGUGGUUGGGCAUGGGGGACGGUAAUCAGCAUUUAACGGUCUUGGUUGGGUUGGAGCAGAAUAAGGGAGUUAUGCCUUUAUUGAUAUCUCUUUGUCGCAUGGCUUUUGCCCUUGCUAUUGCAUUUACGAAUCAAUGACACAACUAUUAUCACUUUUUUUUC